AUGGAAGACAUUGUCGAUGAUGUCCGCUCCUCCACCUAUCAGGUCGUGGAGAAUGAUGCUUGCGGCACUGGCAAAGCAAACUUACUCUCCCUCUCACUUUUAUACUUGCGGUCGACAUUGAAAUGGAUGAUUGAGCUUGACGCUGGGGAGGCUGUUGCUAUUCGAUUUGUUCCUGAUCCUAUAUCCGGGCACUAUGGCGAUGCAGAAGUAUUUGGCGCACCAUUGGUGGCGGGGUCCCAAGAGCGUUGGUAUACAUUCGGAAAUGAGGCCAAAUUCGCCAUUUCGUCAUGGGGUGGUGCUGAAGUAGAAAUUCUUGGAGCGGCGUCGACUGAGUAUAUGGCUGAUGAACCGUCUCCCACAUAUACAUAUUGUACUAACUUGCAUUUGAAUUUGGAGCGUGCGCGCAUUCGAGCACGAGAACAAUUACGCACAGACCCAUCUCUACAAAAGAUUUUGGAGGAUAUGGAUGUUUCUGAGCGGACAAUACCUGCUUCGUAUGAGCAACAUGGUGCUGGGGCGAGCGGUAGUGACUUGUAUCGAGCGGCAGGCCAAGGUCCUCGUGUCAUGAUCGUAGGGCCUGAAAGCGCCGGUAAGACGAGCUUGAUCAAAUUUCUUGCGAACUAUGCGCUUCGAUCACCCGCGCUAGCGAAUGUAAAGGAGGGUGACGAUGCUUCUCGUCGUGCAAAGCAUCGUAGCGAGCCUGAAAUACAUCCAGGACCGGACGUUGCUCACGACGACGACGACGACGAUGAUGUUGAAAAUAGAAAAGACGACGAAGAAAGUGGUAUUAACGACAUGAAACAUCCAAAGAACAGGAAAAAACACAGCUCAGCUGAUUCUCAAGCAAAGAAGACGCUCAGUGAUAUCACAGGCUGGUGGCCCAUGAUUGUGGCGCUUGAUCCUUCGGAAGGCGCUGUGCCCGUCCCUGGAUGCGUGAGUGCGAUUCCUCUCACGCCCAUGCCGACCAAUUGGCUCCCAUCGCCAUCGCCAGCGCUGCCAUAUGGUAUCACUACUCAAACAACUGGUACUUUGCCUCCGAGCGUGUCAACUGUCCAAAGUGUGAUGCCGAUAUCAUUAUGGAUGGGCAAAGAGAAUGUUCGGGAGAAUGAACGUCAUUCACGCCGUGUCAUAGACUGGCUUGCUUACUAUAUUGAGAAACGGCUCGUUAAGGAUUGGCGCGCUCGUAUGUCAGGUCUUCUGCUCGACAUGCCGGGAGUAAUCACGGCUGAUGCUCGUACCCGCUACGGAUUUAUCCAGUAUUGUGUACGGGCGUUCAAAAUCGAUACUAUCGUCGUGCUGGGUCACGAGAAAUUGAAUCUUGAGCUUACGCGUAUAUAUGCGAAUGACACAUCGGGACAUGCGCCUCGCAUCGUGAAAGUGCCUCGUUCGGGUGGUGCUGUCGAAGUGGACGAAGUCUACAAGCAAAAGCUGCAUGACUUACAAAUACGCUCAUACUUCUAUGGCAUGCCGCCUGCUUUGACGAAAGAAGCCGCGGUCACGUCUAUGUCGAUGAAUGACGAGAACACUCCAGCUAGCAUACCAGCUGGUCUAGAUGAGCACUUAGGUGCGGUGCCAACACUCAGUCCUUACUCAACGACAAUUCCUCUUGACCUACUAAGCAUUUAUCGCGUGGGCCAAGACCGCGUAGCACCCUCUUCCGCACUACCAAUUGGCGCUGAGCGCGUCCUUUCUGAAAUGCAGGUUGUCAAGCUGGAUCCUGUGAACUCAUCUAACGAUAUGUCAAUGCUGCUGCAUUCUGUCCUCGCACUCGUCGAGCCACCGCCGCGGAAUCAAUCAAAAGACGAGACAAGCUCCCCCGAUGAUCCCGGGCAUCAUGACUAUGAGGAUGACGAGCUGCUGGGCGCGGCUAUCUUGGGAUUUGUUCAUGUCUCUGACAUGGAUUUGCAUCGCAAAAAGCUGACAGUUCUAUCGCCCAAACCAGGAAAAUUGCCCAGCACUACAGCUCUUAUUGGUAAUCUACAAUGGCAGGACAUGUAG